AUGGGUGCCACCAUCUUGCCUGCCGCCAUUACUGCGUCCCUGCGAAGUGUGACGGAAAAUGUCAUUUUGAUUCAGCCUAUUUUAUUGUUAUUCUGUCAUGUGAACGUCUUGUGUAAAGGUUGUCAGCAGAUUGAUCCUUUGGCCAAUUCUUCUGGCAGUCAGAGGGAUUGUGAAUCUAGCGGAGUGUCUGCAAACCACAUUGAUGAGGAGGAUAUAUUCAGUAGAGCAAGAGAAGAAGGACGAGUGAAUGUUGUCUUUCCCGGCCGUAUCACCCAGGAUGGCUGCUGUAGAUUUGUUUGUGAGCUUCUGAAGUGUGUCCUUUACCAGCGGCAGCAGAUGCCUAUGACAUAUGACCAAAUGGUGUUCCUCCAAAAACAGCAGCAUAAUGCCACUCAGACAGAGGAUAUGAUAAACCGACGGUCUGCAAAGACAUCUGAGGGCUUGGACUGGCGUCGAUGCCAGCGGACAUUGCAGGACAUAGAUGAAGUGCUGGCCCACCUUGAGGCAUUGUUCUCUCUUAGCCAAGUUCCUCGCGUGCUUUUUAUGCUAGGUGGGUCUACCGUCCUUCCCACUGAACUGUAUGAGGUAAACAUGGAAGCGGUGGCCAUGGGAGCUGGGGAAAACUGCUUAAGGACUUCAGCCUGUCUAAGGCAGCUUUUCCGCACAUUGUUUGUGGCUGACCUGUUGUCAGAUGCCAAGUCUGUGUGCCUCAUGACUACCACUGUCAUGGCUCUGGCGAUAUUUACUCUUAUGUAA